AUGGAGCGUCAGCCGCAGAGCAGCCACGAUGCCUGUGCCAACAUGGAGGCAGCCGUUGCCGGCCUCCUCAAGCUGGGGGUCGACGAUGAGCGGGAAGAAGCGCACGAGGUGAACCGCGCGGAGACCUCGCCUCCCUCAGAGGGGGGAGAGGGGCAGAAGGCCCAGUCCGAACCGGAAGGGCAAGAGGCGGGAGACGAAGGAGAAGGCAAGCAAGGCUGUGAUGUCAGCGUCGGAGCCGCCAGCCCUGAGGACGGCGAAGGCCGCGAGGCCGAGGCCGGGGCGGGCGGCGGCGAAGGCAAAGAGCAGGGUGGCGAGGAGCAGCCCCUGCGGGCCACCGUCGAGGGUCCCGAGGCCGCAGAUGGGCAGUGGCAGGUCCCGCAAGGCAGGUUUACGCAGGUGCAGAUGCAGUACCUGGAGCGCGUUUUCCAGCAUACUCCGUACCCCGACGCGCACACACGAACGGAGCUUGCAAGACGCCUGGGAGUGACUGAAGCCAGAGCGCGGGUUUGGUUUAAGCAUAGAAGGGCCAAAUGGCGGAGACAACACAGGGCAGUAAUGUUGAGAGACGUGCCCCCCGUGCCCCCGGUCCCCCCUGUUCUCGUUCGCUUUUGUGAACCCUGCAGUGCCUACCUGCCUCAGCAGAUGGAAUGGUUUUUCGUUGUUAUGGAGCCACAGCCACUGAACCUGGCCCUGCAACCCGGGCUGUCCUUGCCCCCCAGGCCACCCAUGCCACCUAUGCUGCCCCCUCCGCCUUUGCCACCCAUACCACCCGUGCCACCCCUGCCGCCCCCGCCACCCAUGCCACCCAUGCCUCCCGGCCCGCCUUUGCCACCCAGGCCACCCCUGCCGCCCGUGCCGCCCGAGCCUCUCGUGCCACCCAUACCCCCCAGGCCGCCCAUGCACCCCGUGCUGCCCUGGCCACCCGUUCCUCCUAUGAUGGUGCCCCCUCCUCCCUGGCUUUUUCCACACUUGCUUCACUGUAGGUGCCCUCAUGUGGCCUGGGAUGGUCCCUUACCAUGA